AUGGCAAGCUCAAAGGGAUCAGAGAGUGUUAGGAGUUUGAUGCACUCAGGGAAAAACGCUUUGCUACCUCCAAAAAUCCCUUUUCCUAGCGUAUCCGCAUCGUACACUGAGUACAUCCCCUGCGGUUUGAGGCACGGUCAGAAGCUCAGCGACGAGAAAACGCACCACCACCAGCGAACUUCCUCUGAGAGCCACUUGGUAGAAGAGCUUCCCUUUUGGCUUGACGAUCUCCUCAACGAGCCAGAGAGUCCUGCUCGCAAAUGCGGCCAUCGUCGCUCGUCAAGUGACUCUUACGCUUAUCUUGACGUGGCUAAUGCUACAAACAUAAGCUUGACUCUCCAGAACGAUUUCAGUUAUAGGUCUCCGGUGAGAGGAGUUCAAGAUCUUGAUCGUAAUCAAAAUGCUAAUCUGCUGAAACAGAGGAAUCGACAGAGGGAUGCUUUGGUGGGGUCUGCGGCUCGUUCUUGUUGGCUACCUUCUCCAAGAGAGAGUGUUGUUGGUGGCAAGAACAUGGGAGUGUCAUCAUCAUAUAUGUCUCAAGAAGCAACAGGAGAGGCAAAGAACUAUGCGGAGACGCUUUCUCAUGAUCCCAAAAGGUUCUCUUCUGAGGAAAACAGUUCAAAUCUUCAGCCUGUGACGUAUGAGGCUGACAAUAUUAAACGAGCCAAACAGCAAUUUGCGCAACGGUCACGGGUGCGUAAGCUGCAGUACAUAUCUGAGCUAGAGAGGAAUGUACAAGCAUUGCAGGCAGAAGGAUCAAAAGUUUCAGCUGAGCUUGAGUUUAUCAACCAGAGGAAUCUCAUUCUGAGUUUGGAAAAUAAAGCUCUUAAGCAGCGACUAGAGAGUAUAGCUCAAGAGAAGCUUAUCAAACAAUUGGAACAGGAGGUGCUUGAGAAUGAGAUUGGAAGACUAAGAGCACUUUAUCAGCAGCAGCAACAACAACAACAAACUCAUAAACCAGCAGCAAGUCACGGACGUGCUACUAGCAAAGAUCUUGACGCUCAGUUCUCGAGUCUUUCUCUGAACACCAAGGACUCCAACUGUAGGCGUGACUCUGUAUCUGUAAUGGGUCAAUUCCACUUUUAG